AUGUUAUCAAACUACCCACUAUUGCAGGAAUGGGCAUUUCAUCGAAUUAAUCGAUAUCCUCCACGUGAUAUUGGUAAAGCAUUGGCUGAUUUAGAAAUGCAGAAGGAUUUAAGUACAUCUUGUCGAUUCAAUAUUCAUAUAGUAUGUGCAAAUCUCUAUCAAGUGUGUGGUAUCGUCGAGAAAACUCAAGAUGAAAUAGAUCAGGCUAAACAGUUAUCAUUGUCAUAUCCUAGUAAUAAUGAUAGACUUAUCAAAGACGACCAGAUGAAAGAAGUUUGUAUGAAAACUAGAUUUCGAAUAAUGUACUUACAAAAACAUAAUAAUCAACUGAACAAACAUAAAGAAGAAGAUUUUGGUCAAAAUAAACAAAAACAAAAGGUUAAUAUAACAAUACCAUGUCUAAAGACUUCGGAUGCAUUUGGUAUGCGUACACUAUGGCGUAAUGUUGUUUUAAAUGUUAUGGAUAAUUUAGAAUCAGCAUCAUACUAUAGUCGCUUCAUGUUUAACCAUGCGCUUAUACAUCCCAUAGAAACAUUAUCUCAUGCUUGUAGUGUAUAUAUUGGUUUAAAUCUAGCUAUGUUAGAAGAGAAUGCUAUUCAAGAAUUAUCUCAUCGUGUCUUAGGUUAUAAUCAAUACAAAAAUAUUUGGAAUUGUUUAGAAGAUAUCGCAAAAUUUAAUCAACAUACUGAAGAAUCCAAAGAAAUUUCUCAUAUACAUAGAAUGGCGCAUAUCUGGGGCACAGCAGCAGCUGCUUACUAUCUCUAUUCACGGUCUGCCUCUCCUAAAGAUCUCUAUUUUUUAAACUGUUAUAAAGUGUGCGCAUCAAUUACUCGUGUCACAAUUGAAUAUUCUGGUGUAGUAUCUGGUUUUGAAGUCUUGCAGAUACUUGCUCGGCAGCGUAUAGUACCAUUUUUCCGCUUACUAAAUGCAGAUUGUGGUUUAGAGCUAUUUCCUAUAAAAGUAGUUAAAGAUGAGAAUAGUGUAUAUAUUCCAGAAUGUAUCGAUUAUUUUCGAAAAUUAUUGGCGAAGACAGUUCGCGGCGUAAAUAGUGAUAGAAGUCAAUCUAUUCUGUUUUCAGUUGAAACUGUAGAUAAAUUUGUGACAGAAUUAUUUAAUAACGACGCAACAGCAUAG